AUGCCCGACAUGCACGCCGUUUUCCAGCACGCGGCCUCACCCCCCAAGGUCGAUCUCGCCAGUGCCAACUCGCAGCUCUUCCAGCUGCCUUCCUCCACCUCCGCAUCUUCCUCGCUUUACUCGCUUUCUCUCAGUCGCAAACGACCCCGUCGUGACACCGCAACCCUUUCAUCUAAAUUCGACCCUUCAUCUCAAAUCCAUAAUAAUGCCUCUCCGCUGAUCUCGACCGAUUUCCGCCAACCAAGUAGCGAAGAGUACCAUGCCUCCGCCGAGUUCGACUACCGACCCAACCGAUACCGCGAAUCCUUCCUGCCUCCAUCACUCGAUGCCAGCGUCGAUUCUCUACUUGCAGAUGGGAACAGUCGGAAACGCACCCGCCGUGAUUCCAACAUCGCCUCACCAAUAGCCGAUACGGAUCUACCGAGCCCAGCCACACGAGUCGGGUGGGGACGAACGGUGAUCAACGCAGUAGGCAAAGUCCUCGAUCUCUGCUGGUCCGGCGCAUUCAAGGGUUUCUACGCUGGCGGUGGUCAAGGUUAUGACAUGCACACUGGCUCCCCAGCACAGUUCGCCCCGCCACCAACCUGGCAAGCCGGUCCCAGUACCUCUACCGAGAAAGAUCGCAUCUUCCGCACACCUAUCCCCGGACAAUAUCCAGACGAAGACAUCGAUCGAAGCUGGGUAGUUGUCCCCGGCGAAUCCACCGAUUCCUUUGGAAACGAUGGAAACGAUGGCACCGAUAGUCCAUCCGCUCUCCGAGCUCGUCGCAUCCAUCAAGCCUCAAGUCCGCGACGACGACAAGCCGUGAUGCCACGCCACGCCAAACGACCAAGCUUGUCUGUGCGACCAUCUACACCUACAAAGAGUACUGCUAUUCCAUCGCCACGAUCACAGAACGGUCCUGGGUCUGCGGAAAUGCAAAAAUACGCAGCGCGGAUGCGCCGCAAAGAGCGCGAAGAAGACGCCAGUAUCCAACGGCUGAAUAAACAACUCCAAGAUAUGAUUCGGCAAGGCAAAGAAGCGCUGGGCACGACGGUAGAGGUGGAUGAUCUCGACAUGGAUUUCCAGUCGGAUUGA